AUGGAAGAUAAUUUGCCAACUUUUAAUCUGAGUGAUGUAUCCAAACAUAAAAAUAAAGAUUCGAGCUGGAUUUUAAUUCAUGGUGUUGUGUACGAUGUAACCAAGUACUUAAAUGAACAUCCCGGAGGAUCUGAAAUACUUUUGGAACAUGCUGGAAAAAAUGCUACACAAGAUUUUGAAAGUAUUGGUCACUCCGAAGAAGCGAGAAGUAAAAUGAAAGAAUUUGCAAUCGGGAAAAUUUGUGAUGCAGAUGCACAGAAUUCCGAUAAGCAUGAGCGCAAGAAAUGUCAUUGUGAAAUUAUGUAA